AUGGCAGUUCUAAGAAGAAGCCGGUUUAGCUAUGGCAGGCUCCAGCUGGUCCGGAGCAAGACGGUGCUUCUACUGUGUUUCCUCUCUGGCCUGGCUAUGGCCUAUUUCUUCUACUUCUAUGACAACUACACUCCUGUCCCGCCACCAGUCCAUGAACAAGCUAUCAAAAUCUCCCAGGCGGUGAUCCUUCCAAAGACAAAAUGGGAUAGAGUAGGCUGGGUAAAGCAGCUGGAGCCAGAAUGGACGCCCUUUGUCUAUUCCGUGGAUGGAGAUGAAAGAUAUACCCUUCGCACACCAAAGAAUGUGGGCCGUGAAGCCAUGGUGUACCUCUCCUUCAUCAUAGACUACUACCACUCCCUUCCAGAGAUAAUGGCAUUCACCCACAGCGCCAACAAGCAAUGGCACAAUGACUUCAAGGCCCGCAAGACAGUCAACGUUCUCUCCGCCCUGCAGAUCGCAGCAGUCAAGAGAAAAGGGUACGCCAACCUGCGAUGUCUCUGGGAGCCGGGCUGCCCAACCUCGCUUAACCCGCUCAGCCCGACUGAGAUAGAUAUACGCGAGCAAAACGAACGAGCACAGUUACCCGAGAUAUACAUGGAGCUGUUCAACGUUAGUAGGAGCGAGGUGCCCGAGCAUAUUGGUGGAGUGUGCUGUGCUCAGUUUGCGGUGACGAGGGAGAGGAUACACCAGAGGCCAGUGGAGGACUAUGUGAGGAUGCGAAAUUGGGCUUUAAACUCAUCGUUUACAAGCUUUGGGGUUGGUUGGGUAUUCGAGCAGAUGUGGCAUAUCAUCUUCAUGGAGGACGCUAUCCAUUGUCCGUCAGAAGCACAAUGUCGGUGUGAACUAUACGGUGUAUGCACUGUGUGA